AUGCGGCAGAUUUUUUUUCAAGAAAAAAUAAUUGUGCCGGAUAGUAAUCCACAAUUAGUGGCGGUCAUGUCCAGAAAUGUAUAUGGACAGGAACAAGAAGAACGCAAUCUCACAACACGUUUACCAUCACCCGUUCAGAAAUCGGAACAAAUGUUAAAGGACCGGUCAGAGACAAGUAUUUCAUCACCAUUUGCUGCUGCUACAAGCAUAUCUCAUCAUAUGGAGCUACGUGCUUAUAAAUGCCGUCUUAUUCAACAUGUAUCAGGUUAUAAAAUUGAUCGUAAAAUAGAAUUGAAAUUAUGUGAAGAUUAUUUUCCAGGAAAAAUGGCGAAUGAAAAUAGUUCGAUUUUUGAUGGUUCAGCAAAAAUGAAAAAAUCGAUUGAGCAGAUGAACUUGAUGGACGAUAGCAAAUUUAGCAAACUUUUAAAUCGAGUUGUUGAAAAAACUGGUAGCCGAAAUGAAACAAUAUUUUCAAUGGACGAAUUAUCAAAAUUAGAAAAUGUACUUGAACUAUCGAUCGAUGAUUUAAAAAAUUUAACGGAAACAAUCGAAUAUAUAUUUCUUCAAGCCGCAUAUUAUAUGGCAAAAUCCAAUGUACUCGAAGAUGAUUUAAAAAAACAAAAUUUAAAUGCUGCUAAAAUAAAAAUAUUUUCUGAUCAAUGGUCAAAGAGUGCAAAGGAUAUUGUUGAUCGGCUGAAAAAUGCAAGAGUUUCAAAACAUUUUCUAUCUGAUUUACGAUGGACAAUUGAUGUCGGCAUUUCUCAAAUGUCGAAAAGUAAAGUGAAAGAACCGCUUGCUGUUUAUGAAUUUCAGUUAAUGAAUGAAGAAACACAGAAAAUAGAUAAACUGCAAACAGAAUUCACAAAAGAAGAACUUUAUGCAUUUUUCGAAAAACAAUUGGGUACAUUUUCUCGUCUAUGGUAUUUGUAUGAUGCUAAAUGGCAAGAUCCAAAUAUCUCGGGUGAAACAAUUGCACGAAUAAUUCGAGGUGAACAUAAACCAAUUUAUUAUCCGACCGAGGAAGUGGGUGAUUGUGUUGUAGCAAUUAAUACUCGUCAUGUCUCAUUGAAAAAUGAUAGCUGGAGAACAGAAGCAUUUCAUCAUCGAAGAGAUUAUGCUAGAACAAAAUAUGAUAUCCCAUUAUUUAAACUACACGAAAUUGAUCCAACUAAAAUUGUACAUUUAUGUGUGAAAAAUUGUAUACCAAUGGAUGGUGCUCGCCGAUUUGAAAUGGCAAGACUAUUCACAUUUCCAGAUGCGGAUAUUCCUGUUAAUUUUAUGAGAAAUGUUUGUGAUCAAAUACGUGGUUCUCGUGUUAUACCACGUCGUUUAGAUGAGUUGAAAGCAGAUGAUAUCAAGAAUUUUCCCUAUCUAUUUAAAUGGCCAAAAGAAUUAGUGCUUGACGAUCUUGAUCGUGAUAAAUUUGUAAGAAUUGUGCCUCCAGAAGAACUACCAAAACAAGAAGUGAGAACAGGAUUGAAAGGGAGCAGAAAUCAUUAUUGGUUUUAUAUAAAAACUGCAGAGCAUGAAGAAGUAUUUUAUAUUUUAUCAGAACGGCUUUUUUCAGAUCAGCAUCUGAACUGGAACACGCUUGAUUACGAAGAUCUUGGUAUUCGACCAUUUCAAUGGGAUAAAGAUUUAGACGAUAAUAUAAAAACAACAACGUCCAUAUUCAAUAAUAAUGAAAAAGAAGAAUAUACUUAUGAUUUGACGAUUGGUUUAGCUGAAUUUUCAACAUUUAAAAAAAAUGAUGAAAAUAGUCCGUCCGAAGAUGAGGAAUGUGAACGAGAUCCUGAAACAGGUGAAAAAAUCUUCAUUGGUCAUUCAGAAGAUGUUGUGUCCGAUGAUGAAGGUCAUUCACCAACAAAUACUGCUAAGUGGAUCGAAGAUUAUUUAUUGAAUAUUGAAACGAAUUUCUCAUCAACAUCACAUCAAUUAUUGCCAACAUCAUCCAAGGAUAAUAAUCAAGAAGACGAAUUACCAUUUCCAUUAUUAUCGUCUAAUGAUAACAACGAUAUAAAGUGGUUCAGUGACCUAUUAAAUGAUCAAGAUAUUUACGAUCCUGAAUUGGUAUCUAAUUCUGCAACAACAAUGGAUUCCUAUAUGUUCGGUUUGCCAAAUAUGAUUCCAUUAUCACCAACGUCAUCAUUUCGCUUAACAAAUACUACAUAUAAUCCACAUCGUAUAACAACGACCACAAAUGAUCAUGAGCCAUUAGUGUACAACUAUGACAAUAAGAGAAUAAGUAUUAUGGAAUCUGUAGAUGAUGAUCAUUUAUUAACAAAUGAUUCACUUGAUCUAACGAAUUUAUCAUCAAUUGGUUCAGGAAUUUUAUCAGAACAACUUAAUAGUAUUGAUAAUAUGGAUUCGCCAAUGUUGUCAACAUCAGUAAAAAAUUCACAUUUAAGUUUAUCAAUAGAUUAUGAUACAGAAUUAUCAUCCAAUGACUAUACAAGACAAUUUCAUUCGUUAGAUCACGAUUCGACAACGAAUGAUAGUGAAAUGACAUUGGAUGAAAGUUCAAACGAUCAUCAACACAUUGAGACAAAAACCGAGCCAUUUGAUGAGAUUCCAGUACUCAGUACUCAAGAAUCAAUUGAUCGAAGAAUGUUACAUGUAUUUCGUACAUCGACUCGUUCAAAACGACAACGAGAUGAAGAAACAUUACGUCGAUAUAAUAUACAAAUGUCAUUAGAUGAAAUAACACAAUUAUCAACGGAAAAUUAUAACAAAAAAGUAACAGAAAUGAUAUUUACAAAUGAACAAUUACACAUUAUCAAAGAUAUUAGACGUCGUGGUAAAAAUAAAGUUGCUGCACAAAAUUGUCGAAAACGAAAAGCUGUCAAUGUUGAAUCAUUACUUGAAGAAGUUGAUGAAUUAAAACGUGUUAAAAUGUUACUUGAAGAAAAACGAAAAUCUUUAGAAGAACAAAUUACCUAUACAAAAAUUGAAUAUGAAAAUUUACAUAAAUUAUAUUUACCAAGUAAAAAAAUGCCACCAUUAGCUAUCUUAGUUAAAUAA